AUGACAUGUAUGGAGAACAGAACUGAAGUGAAUGAGUUCAUCCUCAUAGGAUUAACAGAUGCCCCAGAGCUUCAGGUUCCUCUCUUCAUAAUGUUCUCCUUCAUCUACCUCAUCACCUUAGUAGGGAACCUGGGAAUAGUAGCUCUGAUCUCUAGUCAAUCCUGCCUCCACACUCCCAUGUACUUUUUCCUCAGUAACCUCUCUCUGGUGGAUUUUGGCUACUCCUCAGCUAUUACUCCCAAGGUGAUGGCUGAACUCCUCACAGGGGAGAAGGUCAUCUCCUAUAAUGGAUGUGCUACACAGUUGUUCUUCUUUGCAGCCUUUGGUGGUACAGAAAGUUUCCUCUUAGCCUCCAUGGCCUAUGAUCGCCAUGCAGCUGUGUGUAAGCCCUUACAUUAUACCACUACUAUGACUUCAACAAUGUGUGUAUAUUUAGCCAGUGGUGCUUACCUCUGUGGCUUUCUGACCUCCUCCAUAGUCACAGGACAUACUUUUAGCCUUUCCUUUUGUAGGUCCAACAUAGUCUAUCACUUUUUCUGUGAUGUUCCCCCUCUCCUAGUUCUCUCUUGUUCUGAUAUUCACCUCAUUCAAUUAGUAGUCUUUAUUGUAGGCUCAUUCACUGCCUUUUCCCCAUUUCUUGUCAUCUUUACUUCUUACUUGUUAAUCUUCAUUACCAUCCUGAAGAUCCCUUCUGCUAUAGGUCGCCAGAAAACUUUCUCCACCUGUGCUUCCCAUCUCACAGCAGUGUCCAUAUUUUAUGGGACAAUCAUCUUCAUGUACUUCCAACCAAGUUCAAGCCAUUCCAUGGACACAGACAAAAUGGUGUCAGUGUUCUACACCAUGAUCAUUCCCAUGUUGAACCCUCUGGUCUAUAGUCUUAGGAACAAAGAUGUCAAGAAUGCUUUCAGGAAAGCUCUGAAGGGAUAG